AUGGCGGCUCCAAAUCACAAUGAAAUGCCAGACGUCACCAUCGAGUUGGACUACGACGAUGAUUUAUUGGAGGACGAGGAUGUGGUUAGAAUAUUUUCCCACAAAUGUCUACAUGAAAUCAUUGCAGCUUCCCGAACAAGCCGAAGAAGAGGAUGAUAUAACUAUCGACGAUCCGAUCGCACUUUCCGAUGUAACUUUCGAGUUUCCGGACGGGAAAAAGUAUGACGAGCCUUAUUUUCACUGAGAUACACAUCUUUUCUUGAAUCUCCAGAAUCAAAGAACUGGCGAACGACAUUCUCGUCUCAAUUUUCGACAAUUUGAAGUUUCCAACCGCCGUGUCGACGCCUUCGUGGCCUUUUGUCUACGAUUACCUGUGCAAUCAGUUGCCGGUUAGUUGUAAACAUAGUACGUGGGUGAUUACCGUAAUACAAACUAUUCAGAACACCGACGCAAUCAAGAAUCUCGACAGAAAAGACGCUUGGAAACCAUUCCACGAAUUGGAAGCUCAACAGUUGUUAGAUGCACUCGAGGCGGCGCAACGGAUCGAUGUUUUGUUCGAACUGCAAAUGAAAAUGAGAGCUGGCGACUAUUUACAAGUUAGAAGAGGUAUAAUCGAAGGAAAUUCCAACUGCGACAAACGUUUAUUUGUCAGUUUCGCGCAAUCUCAGUCAUGCAUCAACUCUAUCGAUUAGAAGCGAAAUUUCCGACGUGAACCAACCGGCGAAAAAGUUUUCGGGAAAGAAAAGUGAGCUUUUUUGUUUGAGGAAGAUUUCUAUCCUAGUCUUGUUCAGGAAUCCUGGUUUUGCACUACGAGAGAACUGAAACGGAAAAAGCCAACUUUAGUUGGUUCAUGCAAAAUUUGAGAAGAAAUUUGCGUUCUCCGGCAGCCAACGGUUUGAAAUUGCUCGACGUGGCCACUUUGGAGAAAGACGACGGAGGAAAUAUGGUCUACAAAAUCGAUGCAAUGUAUAACGAUGUAAGAUUUUUUCAGUUUCUGAGUAAAUCGGCAGUUUUCAGUUCGUUCACAUUGUCGUUUGCUUUAACAACUCGUACAUGACGUCUUUUGACACUAUCGAUUUUGCAAGGGACUUUUGGCUGAGAAAGUGGAUUCAUGAGAAAACAAAGAUCGAGUUCAUGGACAAUCAGGGCAGGAACAAACGAUGUCGGUGUGUGCUCAUGCCGGUGAGUCUGCUGUUUUUGCCUUUUUUCCAGGUCGGGCCGGGACUUUUGACCCACUUCCAAUAUUCCGAUCUUUGCAGUCUUCUUGGACUUGGAUGGGAAUAUCUUGGGUCCAAGUUUUGAACCAAUAGGAUUGUCUGGUCCGUAGAUAUACUGGUUUGAGGCUGAAAGAUCAGGUUUUUGAGGAAAUUUUGGUUUUCUCUGUCUCUAAUCCACUUAUCUUCGGACAAGAUAAUCCUAUCGGACUGAAACAGAGCCACAAAAUAUUUCAACCCGAGUCCAGAAAGUUUGGAAACUCUGGGUUCGAUCAGAUUAUUGCGAGUGGUUGAAAAGACCAAGCCUGUUACAAAUUCUGUUUAGGGCACGACGCACGUGAAUCGUCUCGAUUGGGCGUCCGUCACUACUCAAUACAAAUUCCCCGACGAUUUCAACGACCUUUUCAAGAGGCUCAUUCUUAUGCGAACCACGACUUCCAACACAGUUGAAAUGGGACGAAAAAACGAAAUUGAAAGACCAGGAACAAUUGACGCAACUGACACAGUUUCAGCAGCAGCAACUAGUUGA